GACUGAGCACUGGGCUAGGGUUGCCUGACUUAAAGGAACAGGCUCCCCGUUCCUUGAGCCCCUCUAAGCUGCCCCCUCCAGGCCUUGAUCUCUGUCUCCCCAUCCUGAUGACCUCUCCCUGCUAAGGCCACCACUGGGUCUCUUCCGAGGGGCCCUGAUCCUUCUCUCAACAUGAAUUGCAUUUCUGACUUCUUCACCUACGAGACCACCAAGUCGGUGGUUGUGAAGAGCUGGACCAUUGGGAUCAUCAACCGGGCAGUUCAGCUCCUCAUCAUCUCCUACUUUGUGGGGUGGGUUUUCCUGCAUGAGAAGGCAUACCAGGUGCGGGACACGGCCAUUGAGUCCUCGGUGGUGACCAAGGUGAAGGGCUUUGGACGCUACGCCAACCGAGUCAUGGACGUGUCUGACUAUGUGACCCCACCCCAGGGCACCUCCGUUUUUGUCAUCAUCACCAAGAUGAUCGUUACUGAAAACCAGAUGCAAGGAUUCUGCCCUGAGAGCGAGGAGAAGUUCCGCUGUGUAUCAGACAGCCAGUGCGGGCCCGAACGCUUCCCGGCCGGGGGGAUCCUCACCGGCCGCUGCGUGAACUACAGCUCCGUGCUCCAGACCUGUGAGGUCCAGGGCUGGUGCCCCGCCGAGGUGGACACGGUGGAGACGCCUGUCAUGAUGGAAGCUGAGAACUUCACCAUUUUCAUCAAGAAUAGCAUCCGUUUCCCCCUCUUCAACUUCGAGAAGGGAAACCUCCUCCCCAACCUGACCACCGCUGACAUCAAGACGUGCCGCUUCCACCCUGACAAGGCCCCCUUCUGCCCCAUCUUGAGGGUGGGGGAUGUGGUCAAGUUCGCGGGGCAGGAUUUUGCCAAAUUGGCCAGCACGGGCGGAGUUCUGGGCAUUAAGAUCGGCUGGGUGUGCGACCUGGACAAGGCCUGGGACCAGUGCAUCCCUAAAUAUUCAUUCACCCGACUCGACAGCGUUUCUGAGAAGAGCAGCGUCUCCCCGGGCUACAACUUCAGGUUUGCCAAGUACUACAAGAUGGAGAACGGCAGCGAGUACCGCACGCUCCUGAAGGCUUUUGGCAUCCGAUUCGACGUGCUGGUGUACGGGAAUGCUGGCAAGUUCAACAUCAUCCCCACCAUCAUCAGCUCCGUAGCGGCCUUCACCUCCGUGGGAGUGGGGACCGUCCUCUGUGACAUCAUCCUGCUCAACUUCCUCAAGGGGGCCGACCAGUACAAAGCCAAGAAGUUUGAGGAGGUGAACGAGAUGACGCUGAAGAUCACGGCCUCAGCCAACCCCGUGUACCCCAGCGACCAGACCACGGAGGAGAAGCAGUCCACAGACUCUGGGGCCUAUUCCAUUGGCCACUAAAGCCUCUCCCCUGGGUCCCACUCUCACCUUGGGGCUCCAGGCCUCCCAGCUGGGGACCUCACCUGGGCAAGGAGGGUGGGAGAGGGGAUGGGCUCUCAUUUUUGCUGCUCACCCCAUGAGGCCUCAGCCAAGACCAGGUGUCUGGCCUUCCCGGUGCUCUACAGACAGGUCCUGCUCCCUGCUAAGACCUCGUCUCACCUUCACCCCUGGCCUCGCCCCUGCCUGCUUCCCAGAACCCCCAGGGCAGGAGCACCCGAGUCAUCCCCUUUCCAAAGAGUAGAGACAGUCAUAGUGAUAACCAGUGGCCACAAAGGCCGCCCAAGUGCCAGGCACUUUCACACACAUUAUCUCAUUUAAUCCUUAGAAUAAUCCUAUGAGGUAGAUACUAGUUUCCCUACUUUGAAGACAAACUGAGGCUCAGAGAGCCUGAGUCAUUUGCCUCAGGCCACACAGCCAGGAAGCGAGAGGAUUUGAAUCCAGAUCUGACUCACUCCAUCACCCACACCCCACAAGGAGAAAAAGAACCCCAGGGGGCGUCUGCCCUGCUGCUUCAGCCUCAUCCACCUUGACCAUGAUGAGUUCAGCUUCAUGAAGAGGAAGCCCCGUGCUGCCCCCAGCAACUCAGGCAGGCCCCAUUUUAGGGGAGACCAGUCAGACAGGCGUGCAGGGGCUCCCUCUUUCUGACUUGGGCAGGUCCCAGAUUCAGAAGGAAACAGGAGACGUAACUGUCCGUGAAUUUUUCCUUCCCUCACCCCAAGCCAGAGAAGGGGCCGCUUUCACUCUCUCUGGGCCCCUCCACGUGCUUACACAAGUCCGGGCCCCUUGCUCCCGGAGCCCAGUUAGCACUGCCCUCGGGCGGGUCAGGACUCCUGGCGGUUGGUCUUCUAAUGUCAGAAACUAAAGGCACUUUAGGAACCGUCUUGUCUGAUUUUCUGGCUGACAGAUGAGCAAACUGAGGCCAGAGAGGGAAAAUGACUUGUCCAGUGCCACAUAGUUAGCGGCCAAAAGGGAACCAGGUGUCCUGCUGCGCAGGGAAGAAGGCAGGAACAGGAGUCUGGGAAGGCCAUGGCUUGCCCACAGCAGAGGCCCAGAAAUCUCACCAGGGCGGAGCUCAGGAGCAGAUCCAGGUUUUCUGAAGCCUGAAGCACAUGCAAUGUGGGUCUUUUUUUUUUUUUAAUCCUACCAUAUUAGUACUAGAAGGGGCUCAUGCAGGUGAGCAGCCUGGAGUGUAAGUUUCACUGGCUUCCCGGCAAAUCCUCUGGAAGGGUUGGAGUGCAGGCCAGAUCGCAAGGUCUUAGCAGAGAUGAGCUGGACUGCACGUGGAGGGCUGGCCCCUCUACGAAGGUGCAGGGAAUGGGGAGGGGGCAGCUUGGGGAGUAGUUUGGGAGAAUCAAGCUGUCAGCACUUGAAAAGGCCCAACCCCAAUCAUCCCCCCAGCCCAGGGGAAGAAGGGGUUAGCGUCCCCCACACAAGGCCCACUACCCCUUUCCCCACUCAGCCUUCACUCCAGCCCCAUCCUCAGGAUGGUGCGGUAACACCUCCCCCAGGGCAGCCUGAGGAAUCAGGCAGUGUCUGGAGAUCUGACCAGCAGAGGCAUCAGUGAAGGCGGCACUCAGUUCUCCAGUCAGGAGCGCCACAGGUGUCCCCAGUGAAUCCAGCUCUCAAGAGGCUGGGUUGAGGCUGGGGUCACAGGGAGGUUCUCUGGGGAGGAGACAGGCAUCUCUGUUCUGGGGGGACACUUUCCUCCAGCCCCUCCCUUCCCACCGGACUGGUCCUCCUACGGGUUCAUCAGCCCAUCCUGAGCCUGAACUCGUGUGUGUGUGUGAGCCUGACGUCCUCCCCGCACCUGAACUUGGUUAUGGCUCCGUGUGCAAGACUUAGGGGCUAACUCACUUCUGCUGCAUCACUGUGUACCCAGCACAAUCACCAACAUUGUCACAUGGUCCCUCACACCAACCCC